CCGUCUCCUAGCAACCAGCGGCCACCGCGAUGCCCCUCGGAGACCGCGGCUGCGGUUGGCCUCUCCGCCGGCUCCGCUCCGCCUUGCACGGAUCCGAAGCAGUCCUACAAAGGAUUCUGUCCCACAGAGGGGUUGUUGGAGUUAUGGUGAUAAGGGCAGAUGGCAUUCCACUUAAAACGAGCCUAAAUUAUGCUACUACAGUUCAAUAUGGAAGGCAUCUUCAUCACCUUAUAGAACUAGCAGGAUACGCUGUGAAAGAAUUUAAUCCUCAAGAUUCCCUAACUCUUCUGAGGAUUAAAACAGAGAAAUAUGAAAUCUUGGUGAUCCCAGCUAAGGAAUAUCUUCUUGCCGUUCUUCAGGAUCUAAACGAAUAGACCUUCUACAGUAUUAAUCUUGCAUUCAUGAAACUAUACUUUGAAAAAGGCUCAAGUUUUCAUUGUGGGCCUUACUGAUUUUACUAGUACAUUGAGCUUGUCUUUACUAAAACUCUCUCUAGCACAGCUUCUUAGUUUUUGUUUCUGGUAGUAUUUUAAAACUGUGCUUUAGCAAGAUAUCAUACACAGAUCAAAAUCUGAUGUGAGUCACCAAGCUUAAUGAUUAAUGUAAUAAAAAUGAAUCUGUGAAAGAUG